AAAAGUUGACUAAUAACAAUAACAGAGAGAGGAUCAGAAUUUAUUUAAGAGGAUAUAUAAAUAUAUGGUGGGCGUUUGCUUAAAAGUUUGACCUUUUUUUAUCAAAGCUUGGUGCUUUUUACCUCUUCUCCUCUGCUUCUCCCUUUCAGAUCAGCAAAGAAAAUGGCUUCAGAACCCAAAAUCUAUCGUUUUGAUGAUUUGCUUAAGCACAAGGAUAGGAACGAUUGCUGGCUUCUAAUUCAUGGAAAGGUGUAUGAUGUAACUCAAUUUAUGGAGGAACAUCCUGGAGGAGAUGAAGUCUUACUUGCAGCAACAGAGAAAGAUGCAACUGAUGAUUAUGAAGAUAUUGGGCAUAGUGAUGAAGCGAAAGAGAUGAUGCAUAAGUACUAUAUUGGGAACAUGGAUAUGAAAAGUAUGCCACCUCCAGGAUGGAAUAGGUACCGGCCACCUUCAGAACAUCCUAAGAACCCACACAGUUCAGUCUUAGUCAAGCUCUUACAACUGUUGUUACCCUUGCUCAUUCUUGGCGCAGCAGUUGCUUUUCGAUCCGUCAUGAAGAAGGAUUAGUAUGAUCAUAUUAUAUAUUCCUCCCCAAGACGUUUUUCCCCCUCCCUAGCACAAGUCUAUCAUUGUUUCUUGAACUGCUUGCUUAUCAGGAGGUCACCAUAUUUGUUUCUAAUAAUAACUGGCUUCCUUAUCAAUUAUAUUUUUAUUGCUCUUUGGUGUGCA